AGUCUUUCAUCCUUUGCCUCUCUUUAUUUCUCAGCCAAUUGGGUGUUGGUUUGCAGAAGAAUUCUGAUUGGCCUGUGACCACACCAGUGCUAGCUGCAAGAAAGAGAGAGAGAAGGAGAGCUCUCAGAGUAAUCAUACAGAAGACCAUACAGAGGAAGCAACUUGUCCCCGUGUGCAUGCCGUCUGGCAAAAUCAGCCUAAAGCAGGAUGAUGGCAUGCUGGAUAAAGGUGCAGUGAUCGGGUCCAAAUCACUGUCAAAAUGUCUGGGUCACAGUGAGAGACUCAUGCCGUGUCAACACUAGUUCCAUCAAGGUCUAUUAGAACCAGACAGCAUGCAGAACCUCCGACAUGCUGCCUCUGAGGCUUUCCAGCGUCUCGGGUUAAAGCAAAGACAUCUGGGAUAUGAAGAGCUGGGUGAACUGGACGGGGUGGAGAAACCACAGGCGCACUGGUUUCACACGCUACAGGUGCGCCGGCUCAGGGUUCAGAGAGGCCGCAGUAACAGCGAUCCUUUAGGAGGAAAGAGCUUUCAACAGGAGUUUCAGUGGAAAACAGGCCUGGAGUUUGGAAACGCAACAUCUUACCUUAACCUUGAGAAACUUGGAGAGGGCACAUAUGCUACAGUAUACAAAGGAAUUAGCAGGAUAAAUGGUCACUUGGUGGCUCUGAAGGUGAUUCACAUGAAAACUGAAGAAGGGAUUCCUUUCACAGCCAUUAGAGAAGCCUCCUUGUUAAAAGGCCUGAAACAUGCUAACAUCGUCCUCCUCCAUGACAUCAUCCACACGAGAGAAUCUCUCACCUUUGUUUUCGAAUAUGUGCAAACGGAUUUGGCCCAGUACAUGACUCAGCACCCUGGUGGACUGCAUUCAUGCAACGUCAGGCUCUUCAUGUUUCAGUUGUUGCGGGGAUUGUCUUACAUUCACAGCAGGAGAAUUUUGCAUCGAGACCUCAAACCUCAGAAUCUGCUCAUCAGCUAUCUGGGAGAACUCAAACUAGCCGAUUUUGGUCUGGCUCGAUCGAAGUCAAUACCGUGCCAAACGUACUCGGCAGAGGUUGUGACUUUAUGGUAUCGCCCGCCUGAUGUUCUGAUGGGCUCCACUGACUACUCCACUGCACUGGACAUCUGGGGAGCUGGCUGCAUUUUCAUAGAGAUGCUGCAGGGGUCAGCAGCGUUUCCUGGAGUAGCAGAUGUUUUCGAGCAGCUGUUGAAGAUCUGGACAGUUCUCGGGGUCCCGACCGAGGAGUGCUGGCCAGGUGUCAGUGAUCUGCCAUACUAUAAACCAGAAUGGUUCCUACCCUGCAAGGCCCACCAAUUUCGAGAUGUCUGGAAAAGAUUCGCUCAGUUACCUUAUAAGACGGAGGAUCUGGCCCAGCAGAUGCUGACGAUUAAUCCAAAGGACAGGAUUUCGGCCCAUGAUGCAUUGCUGCACCCUUAUUUCAACACUCUUCCACCUCCGUUAAUGCAUCUGAGAGACACUGUGUCCAUCUUUAAAGUGCCCGGCGUGAGAUUAGAGACGGAAGCGAGGGAUAUCUUCAGCCCAAGCAGACGAAAUAAAUCGCCCCUCGCUCCUUUGGCCAAGUGCUGGUGAAACACUGCCCCACCAAUACUGUAUAUAAAAAAAGUUGAUGUAUAUGUGACACUGUAUUGUAGCAUGACAGUCUGUAUUUUGUUUAUUUUGGAGGUGGGAGGACCAUAAAAUCUUUUGGUGAUUGACAAGAUAGACAAUUUGAGUUUUUGUAUAAAGGUAUAAAGUACAGAAAAAUAUGUCAUUUCUUCAACCUGUAUCAAUUUCUUUGUUCUGCUGAAUACAAAGAAAGAUAUUUUAAAAAUAAAUUUGUAACCAAGCAGAUCUGGGGCACCAUUGACUUCCAUUGUAGGAACGAAUAAUACUAUGGAAGUGAAUGGUGCCCCAGAUUAAAAUUGUUCAGAAUAUCUUUGUUGUCAACAGAAAAAAAAUGUACAGGUCUAUAACAACUUGAGGGUAAGUAAAUGAUGACAGAAUUUUAAUUUUUCAGUGAACUAUCCCUUUAAAGGCCAUCCAUAUGCUAUUGUAAUCUUGUACACUUUUUAGCAGAUAUACACAUUUUAAUUUUUUUUUAACACAGAUAAUCCUGCACUCACUUAAUUUAUCCAAUCAAAGGCUUUCUAGGGUGAGACUGUCAAAUUUUAUUUAUUUAUUGUAAAAUACAACUUAGGUUGUAUUGACUUUAAUUGUUUAAACUUUUUUUUACAGUGAAUGAUGUUCAAGCCCUUUUAAUCUCUGUAUCUGUCUUUAGCAAAGAUGUGACCGUUUAAAGCACAAUUUACUUGUAAAUAAUUUGAAAGCAUAAAUAGGCAUAUAUUAAAUUUGAUAUGUAAUUUAAUUGUUGUAAAUACAGAUAUGAUAUGCAAGAUAUGACUUGAUAUGAAAAUAUGUGUCACUUUACAGCUCCAUAUGUGUAACAUCUGUUAAUGUAUAAAAACACCUGUUAAAUAUCUUUAUCACCUCU